CAGUGGUGGUGCACAUGUCGCGUGCACGUCCUUCUGCGCCUUCAUCUCCACCACCACCACCACCACCACCAUCAUCACCACCACCACCACCACCACCAUCACUCCGGAGAAGACAAGGUGAACUAGCAUCUUUGCCUGCAGUCAUCCUUCGUGUGCCCUCCAGGUAGGGCUGCCAUGUCUCAACUUGCCUUGCCCGUCCCCCUCCUCCUUCCCCUCUUGGCCCUCCUCGUUGUGUCCUCUGUGCCACAAUGCCAGUCAGAGUCCCAGCGGGGGACGGUGGUCUCAGCCUCCAUGCUGCCCUCUUCCCUGCCUUCCGCCGGGCCAUAUGGAAACAGCAGUUUGCCGGCCAAGGGGAAGUGCGACGACGUGACUGUGUGCAAGCCGGGCAUCCUGCUCCCCGUCUGGCGGCCCAACCGGCCCGGCCUCGGAGACCAGAUCACCCGGGCGGUGGUCUACUUUGUGUCUCUCAUGUAUAUGUUCCUGGGCGUGUCAAUCAUCGCCGACCGCUUCAUGGCGUCCAUCGAGGUCAUUACAUCACAGGAGAAGGAGGUGACCAUCACCAUGCCAAACGGGGAAACAUCAGUGGCGACGGUUCGAAUCUGGAACGAAACAGUGUCCAACCUGACGCUCAUGGCUCUUGGAUCCAGCGCCCCGGAGAUCCUGCUGUCGGUCAUAGAGGUGUGCGGUCACGAAUUCAGGGCGGGCGAGUUGGGACCGGGCACCAUCGUGGGGAGCGCCGCCUUUAACAUGUUUGUGAUCAUCGGCAUCUGCGUGUGGACCAUCCCCCAGGGCCAGGUGCGCAAGAUCAAACACCUGCGGGUCUUCUUCAUCACAGCCUUCUGGAGCAUCUUCGCCUACAUCUGGCUCUACCUCAUCCUGUCCGUCAUGUCGCCCGGCGUGGUAGAGGUCUGGGAGGCCUUGGUGACCCUACUCUAUUUCCCAGUGUGCGUCAUCCUGGCCUGGAUUGCCGACCGCCGCCUGCUCUUCUACAAGUACAUGGGCAAGCGCUACCGUGCCGACAAACGCCAUGGCAUCGUCGUGGAGAUGGAGGGAGACCUGACGCCUAACAAGGGCGGCAUGGAGAUGAGCGCGGACGGCAAGUUCCCCCCACGGGGGGGCGCCUUGGUCCCCGCCGAGAACCGCACUGGAGACGCGGCGGCCAAUAACGUUGGCGUAGCGUCAGCCGCGUCCACGGGUGCUGCAAGCAACGUGCCCAACUCCAACAGUGCCAUGGUUAACUUGGAGACAAGUCGGGAGCUAGACGAGAGCCGGAAGGAGGUCAUCCGCAUCCUGAAGGAGCUGAAGCAGAAGUAUCCGGACAAAGAGCUCGACCAGCUGGUGGAGCUGGCCAACUACUACGCCCUGCUGCACCAGCAGAAGAGCAGAGCCUUCUACCGCAUACAGGCCACUCGCAUGAUGAUCGGAGCCGGUAACGUCCUGAAGAAACACGCCGCCGACCACGCUCGGCGCGCCGUGGUCACCGACGAGGAGGCGCCGCAAGAUGACGACCUUGCCUUGUGCAGCCGCAUCUCCUUUGAAAGCGCUCACAGCCAGUGCAUGGAGAACUGCGGCAUCCUCACACUGGCUGUCAUAUGCCAAGGGGGUCUGGGAAAGAACACCUUCUACGUGGACUACAGGACCGAGGACGGUUCGGCCAAUGCCGGCUCCGAUUAUGAGUACGGUGAAGGAACUCUGGUUUUCAAACCCGGAGAGAAUCGUAAGGAGAUGAAGGUCGGCAUCAUCGACGACGACAUCUUCGAGGAGGACGAGCACUUCUUUGUGCGGCUGCUCAACCUGCGGGUGGGCGACGCGGAAGGCAUGUUCGAAAGCGACGAGCCAGGCGCCGCACCCAAGGGCCGGCUGGUGGAGCCCCUGGUUGCCACAGUGACCAUCCUGGACGACGACCACGCUGGCAUCUUCACCUUCGGCGAGCGCAUGCUGCGCGUCAGCGAGAGCGUGGGCACUAUGGGGGUGACCGUGGUGCGCAACUCGGGCGCCCGCGGUACCGUCAUCCUUCCGUACCACACCGAGUCGGGCACGGCCAAGGCAGGCGAGGACUACGAGGAUGCGCAGGGUGAGCUGGAGUUCACCAACGACCAGACAACUCAGACGCUUCAGGUGAGGAUUAUUGAUGAUGAAGAAUACGAGAAACAUGAAAACUUCUUUAUCGUGUUGGAGGAGCCACGCUGGCUGAAAAGAGGAAUUUCAGCUCUGCUACUCAGCCAAGAGGGGUACGAGGGCCAGCUGAACGCUGAGGAGGAGGAGGCCCGGAGGAUUGCGGAGAUGGGCAAGCCCAUCCUGGGGGAGCACAGCCGGCUGGAGGUGGUCAUUGAGGAGUCAUAUGAGUUCAAGAGCACCGUCGACAAGCUCAUCAAGAAGACCAACUUGGCGCUGGUCAUCGGCACACACUCCUGGAGGGAGCAGUUUGUGGAGGCCGUCACCGUGAGCGCAGGCGACGAUGACGAGGAAGAAGGCCGCGAGGAGCGCCUACCGUCCUGCUACGACUACGUCAUGCACUUUCUCACAGUCUUCUGGAAGGUUCUGUUCGCCUGCGUGCCGCCCACAGAGUACUGGAACGGCUGGGCCUGCUUCAUGGUCUCCAUCAGCGUCAUCGGUCUGCUCACCGCCUUCAUCGGGGACCUGGCGUCACACUUUGGCUGCACGGUGGGACUGCGAGACUCUGUGACCGCCGUCGUCUUUGUGGCCCUGGGAACGUCCAUUCCCGACACGUUUGCCAGCAAAGUGGCCGCCAUCCAGGACCAGCACGCGGACGCCUCGGUGGGCAACGUAACGGGUAGCAACGCCGUCAACGUCUUCCUGGGGAUCGGCGUAGCCUGGUCGGUAGCUGCCAUCUACUGGAGGAUCAAAGGCAAAGAAUUUGAGCUUUUGUCCUCAUUCAGGUCAUGGGUGAGCUGGACUGAGCUAACUUUGAGCGAGGGGCUGCGUACACCCAGGACUGGUUGCAAGCCAGUUGCAGGGUCAUUGUCUUGUUGGAAAGCACUCUGGAGAAGGUUUUCGUCCAGGAUAUCCCUGUAAUUGGCCGCAUUCAUCUUUCCUCCGAUUGCAACCAGUCGUCCUCUCCCUGCAGCUGAAAAACACCCCCACAACAUGAUGGUGCCAGCACCAUGCUUCACUGUUGGGACUGUAUUGGACAGGUGAUGAGCAGUGCCUGGUUUUCCCCACACAUACCGCUUAGAAUUCAGGCCAAAAAGUUCUAUCUUGGUCUCAUCAGACCAGAGAAUCUUAUUUCUCACCAUCUUUGAGUCUUUCAGGUGUUUUUUACUCCAUGCGGGCUUUCAUGUGUCUUGCACUAAGGAGAGGCUUCCGUCGGGCCACUCUGCCAUAAAGCCCCGACUGGUGGUGGGCUGCAGUGAUGGCUGACUUUGUCAACAACAGCUUUGUCAUGCAGCUCUUAAAUUGUGACUGGCCAAACUUGGAUAUUUCAGCCCACUUCUGCAACUUACCGCAAGGUGUUUUUUCAAGUUAGAUGUUUUUGCUGUUUUUUUGGCAGUGGAUGUGGCAAAACUAGCGAGCACACACACAAACGUGAAGUCCGGUCAGCAAACAGCUUCUUCAUGGAGUCAUUUAAGUGAAUAAAACCAAUGUUUCUGUAAAACCCAAUGCAUGUGUUGUUGGUUUUUGUGCAGUUUAAAAUUGAAAUGGUGGCAGGUGUAUGUCGACUCCCAUAUAUUAUUUUUUUUUUUAAUUUGAUGU